GUCUGAGUGAGAGUGGUUUUGUAUCUAAGCGUCUUGCUACUUCUGAAGGCAACAGUGUAACUCCAAAAAAGGCCAAGCCUAAUGAGCUUGGUGCUGGAAGCAAUUCAGAUGAUUCUUCUACAGUUAACUCUCCAACAGUAACACCAUCACAAAAUGUAUCUUCAAAAGAUCUAAAUGCCGAAUCAAGUACAAUUAAAAAUGGAGGACCUUUUCCACGAGCUUGUCCGAAGUGCAAUAUUCACUUCAAUCUUAUGGAUCCACUAAAAAAUCAUAUGAAGUAUUGCUGCCCUGAUAUGGUAGAUAACUUUUUCCCAGAAGUGACCAAAACAGAAUGUUCAAGUGUGAUAAGCAAGACAGUUGAAUCUGAGAAAGGAAAACUGAUAAUGCUAGUUAAUGACUUUUAUUAUGGGAAACAUGAGGGUGACACCGAGCAGGUACAACAGGAGAAGAAGACUCAUACGACUUUUAAGUGCUUCAGUUGUCUCAAAGUUCUCAAAAAUAACAUAAGGUUUAUGAACCACAUGAAACAUCACUUGGAGCUUGAGAAGCAGAGCAGUGAAAGCUGGGAAAGCCACACCACCUGCCAGCACUGUUACCGGCAGUUUCCCACCCCCUUCCAGCUGCAGUGUCACAUUGAAAGUACACACACGCCUUACGAGUCAUCUACUAUUUGUAAAAUCUGUGACUUAUCCUUCGAAACAGAGCAAGUUCUUCUGCAACAUAUGAAGGACAAUCAUAGGCCAGGUGAAAUGCCAUAUGUUUGCCAGGUAUGCAACUACAGAUCUUCAGCUUUUUCAGAUGUAGAAACACAUUUUAGAACAGUGCAUGAAAAUACAAAACAUUUACUAUGCCCAUUUUGCCUCAAAGUAAUUAAAAUUGGCGCACUGUAUAUGCAUCAUUGCAUGAAGCAUCAGAAAAAAGGAAUAUACCGUUGCACUAAAUGCAGACUGCAAUUUUUGACAUGCAAAGAAAAAAUGGAUCACAAGACUCAGCAUCACCGGACAUUUAGGAAACCCAAACAGUUAGAAGGAUUGCCUCCUGGAACAAGGGUGACUAUUCGAGCAUCUCUUGGAUCUCUUCAAUCAGGGUCAUCAGCUACAUCUUCUGUUAGUACAAGCACUUCCACAUUUCAGUUAUCGCCUAAACCUAAAAAUACAACCACUAAAAAUCAUAGCAAAUCUAAUACAAAUAAGUCAAAAGCAAAAUCAAAACCAACUACAUCGAAGAAGCAAAAUGCAUGGACCAACAGCAAAAAAAAAAAGGUUACAAAUACAGCAUUGCAUAAUCUAAGGUGCCGUUUGGGAGCUCACAAAUGCAUUGAGUGUUACUCAGAUAUAAAAGAUUUUGCAAGCCAUUUUCCUGCUUAUGUCCACUGUAGCUUAUGCAGAUACAACACUAGCUGUAGCAAAGCCUAUGUGAAUCACAUGAUGAGUUUUCACAGUGCUCGUCCAAGUAAAAGGUUCUGGAUCUAUAAGAAGCAUUCAGAAGAGCUACGAGGUGUGACUGUAGUGUGUCUUAACUGUGAUUUCCUGACUGAUGUUUCUGGCUUGGAUAGCAUGGCCACACAUUUGAGUGAAAGCCACACUCAUACUUGUCAAGUUAUUAUAGAGAAAGUUUCUGUAGAUAUCCAAACUGCUGAACAAGUAUCUGACAAACAGGAGCAUAACUCAGAUGAAACAGAAGAAUGCAGUGGAAAUCAAACUAAAAAAGUUGCAUCAGUUGAAAAGAAUGAAGAAAAGUCAUCGUUAUCAAAUACAGGAGAUGUUCUUAGUUUGGAACACCAGGACAACACCUCAAAGAAUCCUUUGCAUGUAAAAGGAGCACGUUGUGAUUCAGAUAAUAACAAAAAAUUAGUAGAUGAGAAACAUAAAGGUAGUCACGAUGCAAGUGAGUUAAAAACUUGCCAAAGUUCAUGCAGUGUUAUCUUGAAUGAGCAGACUAAAGUACAUAGUUUUGAUGAAACUACACUUUCAGCACUGAACUCAAGGGACUUAAAACUAUCAUUGGGUGAAGAUGUUAGUUUUGAGCAGUUCUUCAGAAAAAGAGAUGAACCUGAAUCCGUUAGUUCAGACAUUAGUGAACAAGGCAGUAUUCAUUUGGAGCCUUUGACUCCAUCAGAGGUACUAGAGCAUGAAGCUACUGAAAUUCUUCAAAAAGGUAAUGUUGCACCUUCAUCUAAGAAUGCUGGACAGCUCUCUGAACAAACAGAUGAGACCUCUAAAGAAAGCAGUCCCAACAGAAUGGAAACAACUGUAAACAAGACAGAUGAAAAUGAAGCAAGCUGA